AUGCAUCAAACUAUUCUUCUGCUGCCAAUUGUGGCUAUGUUCGUGUCUGCAGUGGUGAUUCCUAGCCCACCUGGACCAUAUGAUGUAUUUUACAACACGGCGAGCAUGGUCGACCAUACUAGAAUUGAUCCCUUUGAUCCCAAUCACGGACCCCGCAAGGUCAUGACUUCGAUAUUUGCCCCCACUCACUGCAGGGUUGAUCUUGAGAAGAGAGAUUACCUCCCCGCCGCAACAUCGAAAUACUACUCCGACCUAUACAGCACAUAUGGAUUUCCCAAUGGGUCACUUCGAUCUAUCUAUUUCCAGUCAUGCCCAGAGUCGCCAAGAGGGCGUCACAUUCCGUUCCCAGUGGUGAUUUUUUCACCUGCUCUCGGCACGACGCGGCUGUUUUACAAUGCAAUUGCACAAUCUGUGGCUAGCGCUGGGUACAUCGUGGUGUCUAUUGACCACCCCUAUGAUACCGAGUUCUUAGAGUUUCCGGACGGAAGCGUCGUGACUGCUGCAAAUAUCAGUGACGCGCAGAUUCCGCUGGAUGUCGAUACCCGAGCUCGAGAUGUCAUGUUUGUGCUGGAUCAGCUGAGCACCAAGGUUGGCGUAGCAUCUCUACUCCCCGGGGUGCGAUCUGCAGGCUUGAGGACUCGGCGAGUCGCGAUGUACGGCCACUCGCUCGGGGGCGCAGCCACCGCGGAAGCUAUACGCUUGGACCGUCGGAUUGUUGCAGGUGCGAAUCUGGAUGGGUCAAUGUUUGGACCCGUGGUUCAAGAAGGGCUUCGGGGUUCAUUUCUCCUGUUCGGGCACGAAAAUAAAACCCAGACAACAGACCCGUCAUGGGCAGAGUUCUGGUCGAAUCUGCGGGAUUGGAGAUUGGAGCUGGAACUAGCCCAGGCUCAACAUUACACAUUCUCCGACUUGCCCUAUUUAUUCAAGCUCCUGGGUCUGCCUGUUCAAAACAUACCGGCCAUGCAAAAGAGGAUUGGGACUCUAGACGGGCUCAGGGCAUUUGAAAUUGUUCACCAAACCGUCAUUUCCUUUUUAGGAUUUGGGCUUCGUCAAACAUCAAUGGAUCCCAUCCGAGAAGCUAUUUCACAAUAUUCUGAGAUAUCGGUCGUUGCGCGUUGA